UAUGUUGCCGUCAUAGCUUCGCGUCAGGAGAGAGUAGAUGCGACGCGUGGAAGUGAAUCAUGGCGGCGGUCGAUAUACGAGAUAACCUGCUGGGAAUUUCCUGGGUUGAUAGUUCAUGGAUUCCAAUAUUAAACAGUGGGAGUGUGUUGGACUAUUUCUCAGAGCGUAGUAAUCCGUUUUAUGAUCGAACGUGCAACAAUGAAAUGGUCAAAAUGCAAAGGCUAACCUUGGACCACUUGAAUCAAAUGGUUGGAGUAGAAUAUAUUCUUCUCCAUGCACAAGAGCCAAUUCUCUUCAUUAUCCGUAAGCAGCAAAGACAGAAUCCAACGCAAGUUAUCCCAUUGGCUGAUUAUUAUAUUAUUGCUGGAGUGAUUUAUCAGGCACCCGACUUGGGGUCAGUUGUAAACUCCAGAGUGCUCACUGCAGUACAUGGAAUCCAGUCAGCUUUUGAGGAAGCUAUGUCUUAUUGUCGCUAUCACCCUUCCAAAGGUUAUUGGUGGCAUUUCAAAGAUCAAGAGGAACGAGAUAAAGCCCAACCAAAAGCAAAGAAGAAGGAAGAACCAAGUUCUAUUUUCCAGAGGCAACGUGUUGAUGCAUUACUUCUAGAUCUGAGACAAAAAUUUCCUCCUAAGUUUGUGCAGCAAAAGGCUGGAGAAAAACCAGUCCCAGUGGACCAGAUUAAGAAAGAAUCAGAACCAGCACCUGAAGCUAUAAAACAAGAGGAGAAGGAAGCUGCAAAGGCCACACAACAGAGUACUGCUACUAAAGGACCACCAGAGAAACGAAUGAGACUCCAAUGACAGAAGGGAAAAUGACAUUCAUAACUAGUAAGGACUUGGUAAAGAAACAGAGGUAAACAAGUUAGCCAUCUAAAAAUGGGAUGGUAAACUCCAGCAUUUGAUUUUUUUUUUUCAUGUUACAAACUUACAGCAACUUUCAGGAUGGAAUUACCUAUUUUAGUGUUCAAGAUUGAAUUUCGCUUUUUGAAUCUUUUGAGGACCUUUUCAAGCUCUAAUAUUUGUGUGCUUUUUAUUAGUGUCCUCCUGUGGUCUGAAACAUCUGUCCUUCUCUUUCAUAAAUAGAGUUUGGCUCCAUUGUUCUGUCAGGUCUUUCCAAACAAAUUGGUUACAGCAAUGCAGAGAUUGUCCUUUUUCUGAAAUUUCAUUUUCUCCCUGAAUGUAUUUUAAAAUUAAAUAUCAAGAGGGAUAGAAACUUCAAAAAAUAAUCAUCUUCUGUCCCUAACAUGAAUUGAUUAUUGUACUGACCUUUAAUGAUUUUUUUUCCUUUUUUUCAGUUUAUCCUCUGAACAGCUUAUGCAUGGGUAUGAAAAUAGAUUCCCAUGAUAUUGAUUCUUGAAAUAUAUUGAAGUACAAUAGCCAGUAAAUAAGAGUAUGUUCCAUAGGCUUGCCUUUUCUCAGUUAAUCACUGCAAUAUUUUCUUAAAAUACAGGAUGAGACUUUACUUGUAUAGAAUAUUAUGUUGUAGUUCUCUGGUGGUUUCAGUAGCACUGACUAGGGACAUCUUACUUACUGUGCCUCCCUGCAGAGAA